AAAGAAAUAUCACUUACCACUUAAAACUUGAGUGAGAAAGAUUAAAAGUAAGGUAGACACUAAAAUUGUCAUAAAAAUGGAAACUCAUUCGCAACAACUCAAUGUUAUUUUUCUACCGCAUUUAACUCCUGGUCAUAUGAACCCUGUGGUUGACACAGCAAGACUAUUUGCAAAGCAUGGUGUUAAUGUUACCAUUAUCACUACACAAGCAAAUGCCUUGUUAUUCAAGAAAGCCAUUGACAGUGAUUUGUCUUCUGGAUAUUCUAUCAGAACUUGUUUGAUUCAAUUCCCUUCAGCUGAAGUUGGUCUUCCAGACGGAGUUGAAAACAUCAAAGAUGCGACUUCCCAGGAAAUGCUUGUUAAAAUCAUUCAUGGAAUUGCAAUCCUCCAAGAUCAAAUUGAGCUUCUGUUCCAGGAUCUGCAACCAGAUUGUAUAGUCUCGGAUAUGUUAUAUCCUUGGACAGUAGAAUCUGCUAAGAAACUCGGUAUUCCAAGGAUUUACUACUACAGCUCAAGCUACUUCGCAAGUUGUGCAGCUCAUUUUAUCAAGAAGCACAAGCCUCAUGAGAAUUUAGUUUCUGAUACCGAUAGUUUUUCAAUUCCUAAUCUUCCACAUAACAUCGAGAUUACUUCUCUACAACUACAAGAUUGGGUGAGGACAAGGAAUGAACACUCAGAUUACUUUGAUGCAAUAUACGAAUCAGAAGGAAGAAGCUAUGGAACACUUUCCAAUAGCUUUCACGAACUUGAAGGUGAUUAUGAGCAACUUUAUAGGAGCACGAAGGGGAUCAAAGCAUGGAGUGUAGGACCAGUUUCAGCAAGUGUUAAUAAGGGACACAAAGAUGAUCUUGCAAUAGAUUCAGAAUUGCUUAAUUGGCUUAAUUCAAAGCAAAAUGAUUCUGUGUUGUAUGUAAGUUUCGGAAGCUUGACAAGACUCCCGCAUGCUCAGAUUGUUGAAAUAGCUCAUGGACUUGAAAAUUCAGGUCAUAAUUUCAUUUGGGUCGUUAGAAAAAAAGAUGAAGAUGGAGAUAGAGAAGGAGACGAAGACGGUUUUCUUAAAGAGUUUGAGCAAAGGAUGAAAGAGAACAAAAAGGGCUACAUCAUAUGGAAUUGGGCACCACAGCUUCUGAUAUUAGGCCACCCUGCAACAGGAGGGAUAGUGACUCAUUGUGGUUGGAACUCAAUUCUUGAAAGCCUAAGUGUUGGUUUGCCAAUGGUGACAUGGCCAAUGUUUUCUGAGCAAUUUUACAACGAGAAGUUGCUAGUUGAUGUCCUUAAAAUUGGAGCCCCAGUUGGAUCAAAAGUGAACAAGUUUUGGUCUAGUAAAGGCGAGGAUGCUGUGGUAACUAGGGAAGAGAUUGCAAAGGUUGUGACAUUGUUGAUGGGAAGAGAAGAGGAGAGCAUUGAAAUGAGGAGGAAGGCGCAAAAACUUGGUGAUGCUGCAAAGAAGACUAUAGAGGAGGGUGGAUCCUCUUACAAAAACUUGAUGCAAUUCAUAGAUGAGCUAAAAUCAUUGAAGAUAUCAAAAGGGCACGAGGAAUAGUGACGGUGUUUCACGAUGUGGAGCUGAAUUUUCUUUAUUUUUGAAUGUAAACAAUAAACACGCAAGAUUUAUCGAGGUUCUGAGCAAUUUGCAUCCUACAUCCUCACUGAGGUCUACCCCAUCACUAUGAUCAAGUUGAAUACAUAGCAAGAAUGUUGCAACUUGCAAGAAGUUCUGGGAAAGAAAAUCACAAUCUCCUCACCUCAACAUUCUAUUCUCUCUUGAACAAUGAUUCUGUGUAAUGUCACUCUUAUAUACUUUCACAAAGAUACAUGAGCUUAUGUACUAGCCAAAUACAAAAGUAGUUAUAAAGUUAGUUGGUGAUCAACAGCUCAUUUGAUAAUGUUACGAUGUUUGUCAGUCAGUAUCUCACUUAUCACUGUCUCAUACAAAUAUCAUCAUCAUCUGACAUAGAUCACUCGUGCAUCACUAGACUAUUUGAUAAAAAAUAAAAACACUCGUGCAUUGCAGGGUUCAUGAUCUAAGGAUAUGUAAAAGAUAUAAUUUUACGGAGGAUACAGGGGAAGUUAAAAUAGA